GUCCUGCAGGUAAUGGGAAACAGAGCAAUUGGGCUGGCAGGGCAUAGCUGUGAAAACAGAUCGAGUUCUGCUUAGGAGCAUAUUGGUGUUGAGGCAGACAAGCCCAUGAGGCUGGACAAGUUCUGGAUGUGCUAAAUGCGUGCUUGCUCUCCAGGUAUGUGCUUUUACAGCCGUGGCAGCUGUGGAUGCCUGGCAGGCUGAAAUGCACAUGGACGCCACCACAUGUGCUGACUUCUUACCAGCUGCUGGUCUUGCUGCUGAAAGAGCACGUGGAUGGCUGUUGUCAGAGUUGUGCUGAAGGAGAACUCUAAGGGACCGCGCCAGCUUGUUGGGCUUUGUUUUUUGUUUUUUUUUUUUCCUUCACUUUGCUUUUUUUUCUUAUCACUCAGCUGCACUGAAGCCUGAUGCCUCUGGCAGCCAGUGGUGGAGCAGUGAGAAGCUGGUUUUGCUGCUGUGCUUUUACAGGAGAGGCUUGGCUGCAUUAACUCCUAGGAAAACAAGAGCCCAGGCAGCUGGAGCAGAGCCUGGCAAUGGAGGUUGGCCCCACAGCAGCCAGCAGCAGCUCCCCGGCUGGCACCGGCUGGCUGGAUGUCACCCUUGUCACCUGCACCGACACCGUGACUUUCACCGAAGUGCUGGAGGAAGAGGAGUGGAAAUCCUUUUACUACUCCUUUAAGACAGAGCAGCUGGUGACUCUAUGGAUCCUCUUUAUUGUUACUAUUGCUGGAAAUGCCAUCGUGCUCUUCUCUACAUGGAGAAGGAAGCGGAAAUCUCGAAUGACCUUCUUUGUUACACAGUUGGCAAUCACAGAUUCAUUCACGGGACUCAUAAACAUAAUGACCGACAUCAUCUGGCGCUACACGGGAGAUUUCAUGGCCCCUGACAUUGUCUGCAGAGUCGUCCGCUACUUACAGGUGGUCCUCCUCUAUGCUUCAACCUAUGUCCUCGUGUCACUGAGCAUAGACCGAUAUCAUGCCAUAGUUUACCCCAUGAAGUUCAUGCAAGGAGAAAGACAGGCAAAAGUUCUUAUUGGAGUGGCCUGGAGCCUCUCUUUCCUGUUUUCGAUACCGACUCUGAUAAUUUUUGGGAAACGACAGCUCUCCAACGGGGAAGUGCAAUGCUGGGCUCUCUGGCCGGAUGAUUCCUACUGGAUCCCCUACAUGACAGUGGUUGCUUUCCUUGUGUACUUCAUUCCUCUGAUCAUUAUCAGUGUCAUAUACUCAAUUGUGAUUCGAACCAUCUGGAUGAAGAGCAAAGCUCAAGCUGUCAUUGUAUCCAGCUGCACUGAUGGCAAAACCUCUGCUGGCUACACCAGUCGCGGGUUCAUAUCCAGAGCGAAAGUGAAAGCCAUCAAGUACAGCAUUGUAAUUGUUCUUGCAUUUGCUCUCUGUUGGAGCCCCUACUUUCUGUUUGAUAUCCUGGACAACUUCAACAUCCUUCCCGAGACCAAAGAGCGCUUCUAUGCGUCCGUGAUAAUUCAGAACCUGCCGGCCUUGAACAGUGCCAUCAAUCCCCUCAUCUACUGCCUCUUCAGCAACCACCUCUGCACCCCCUUUGAGUACUGUCCCUUUACUCUCACCCUGACUAUCCCAACAGGAAGGGAGAGGCACAUAAGCACAGGUGCUGAACUCAUUCCCUAUUUUCACCCAUUUUAAUCCUGACCAUUCCUUAUUUUCCUUAGGGAGAGAAGAACACGACGGUUGGAGGGGACUUUCCGGGACCGGAGUGAUGGAGGGCAGGAGAUGCAAGUCCUGUCCAAACCAGAAUACAUCUAGCACAGGUAAUGCCCUCAGAACCACAGCAGGACCCAUGCUGAGAGAGCAGAGGUUUCCCUGAAGGACAGACAGACACCAAGCAUGAACUGACUGGACUGAAUCUGUGCCUUGCUGCUGUUGAACAGCACAAGCAUUUGGGACUAGCUCUGCACCUUCAGCUAUCACACUCUGCCAGGACCAAGCCGGCCACAAGGGCUUUGCAUGCUACUUUUGUGAUGGCUCAUUUUAGUCAUCUCUUUUCAAGCAAGCUGUAACAUAUCUGUACUCCAAAUGGCAAAAAGCAAUGUAAACAGUGUCUAGUCAGAGCCUUCUCUAUUCUUCAGGAGUCCCUCAAAGCCAUCUAGUACCAUGCAGCUCAUAGAACUGGUGAAGUGUUUACAAGUAGUUACAGGAGGGCACCCUGCUUAAAAUGAACCCAGGAACUUUUCGAAUGAUAAUACACCACUGUCACCCUAAGUAAUUAUGUCUUGGCUUCACAUGAAACCACUGACAAUGCCCUGACAGAAAGGAGGGAACUGUAGGCAUGGAUGGCUGUCUCCCUCCCACCUUGCCAUCCCCCCACACACACCAUCUGUGUAGUUCAUCCUCCUAUUCCCUUGCAGAAUUUCCCUGCUGUUUUACCUUGGCUCCCCUACCUUGAUUUGCCGUGACAAAUAUGGGUGAUAAUUUUCUUCUAGGCUACUGUAUAAUAAGAUGUGAGCUAGCCCAUCCCAAAUCCUAUCAUUCCUCAACUGCUCUGCUACUCACAUCCCUGUGACAAAAGCCCCAAGCAGUCUUUGGAGGAUCCUGCACU